AUGGCUACCCCUAGCGUUCUCGUCUUUGAUGCUGAGGGUCGGGCUGUCUACUUUGAGGUCUGGGUCGAUGAUUUGCAGCUUUUCCUACAGUGUGAUAGGAAAGACUGUCUCUCACUGUUCAAUCUCACGUCUGGCGCCUCUACUGCCCCUGCUGCCGAUGCUGACAGCACUGUUCGCUCACAGUGGGCCACACGCGAUGCUACUACCCGUCUUGCUGUGCGUAGUCACUUGCCGUCCUCUGAGCGCGCGCACUUUAGUCAGUACAAGAGUGCUAAGAGCUUGUACGACGCUGUAGUUGCACGCUACUCUUCCCCUGCCACUACUGCCCUUAGCCGCCUCAUGCUGCCGUACCUGUUCCCUGACCUUGCCGCCUUUCCCACUGUCGCUGACCUCAUUACACACCUUUGCACUAGUGACACCCGCUACCGCGCUGCGCUUCCUGCUGAGUUCUGUGCCAAGAACCCCCCCCCCAUGUACAUCACCCUCUACUACAUAGUCAUCCGUCUCCCUGACUCCUUUCGCUCGAUCAGGGACCACUUCCUCUUUGUUUUCCCCACAACACUCACCGUUGACCUCCUCGAGGAGCGCCUCCUGGCAGCUGAGAAGAGUAUAGUCGCUGUAGGAGCCUCUCGUGGUGACCCUCGUUCCCCCUUCUUUGAGGGGUGCUCCCCCUCCCCACUUUUGCCCUCUGUUGCCUCUGCUGCUGCCGUCAACUUCGUUGGCACCAAAUCGGUCGGCGCUGCGUCUGCCCCUAGCGGGAGACGCCGCACCGGCAAUGGCAAGGAAGGCAAGGGCGCUGGAGGGGCUGGCGGGGGCGGUGGAGGUGGCGGUGGAGGCGGCGGAGGUGGUGGGGGUGGCGUCCUGCGUACCGGCGACCACACUGGUGAGCCGUGCGGUGGCCCGCACACCACCCAGCGCUGCUUCGGCCGCCUGACGGACGCUUGGCGUCUCCAGUUCCCUGACGCCACUGAGAUCCCCCGCUGGGACGAGCUGCUUAGGUCGGGGGUUGCUAUCUUUAAUAUGGAUUUAGAUGCUAUCCUUGCUGCCAUGUAUGUUGUGUCUACUAGUGAUGAGGGUGAGUGUUACCUCUGUGUUCCGCCUCACCCAGGCAUUGAGGCUGCUGCUCUAGGUGGUGGUGAGGCUGCUGCUCUAGGCGCUAGUGCUUCUACUGCCCUAGGUGCUGGUGAGACUGCUCUCUCAGGUACCACGUCGACUCAGGCCUUACACAUCUUCACCCUUAACUCGGGUGCUUCCCGUUCCUUCUUUCGAGACCGCACCACACUCACGCCGCUUAGACGGCCAGUUGCGGUCUCCCUGGCGGACCCCUCUGGGGGUCCUGUCCUUGCCCACUUCUCCAUUGUCCUACCGUGUCCGGCGGCCCCCUCUGGCACCCUGUCAGGUCUUUACCUCCCCUCAUUCUCUACGAACUUGGUGAGUGGUGCUGAUCUACAAGAUGGGGGGGUUGACCAGUUCACUUCUGCGAGUCAGCGGGUGACCCACUGUACGCGUGCUCGGACGGGCCGACACUUGGCCACGUUUACCCGUCAGCCGGGGUCGAGCCUGUACACACUGACUACUGAGUCUCCUUCGGUUGCUGAGUCUGGUCAGGUAGCUGCGUCAAGUCAGGUGUUUGCUGCAGCGUCCAGGUAG